AUGGAAGACAUUCAACCAAAUGAAUCAUCAGAGAAAUAUUAUAAACUACUAUCACCCAAUGCAGAGACACAACGUUUAAUUGAUUCUCUAAAAAGACAAUCAGAUUGGAAAUCUUGGGGAACUUAUGUUUCAGAUAGAGAAUGGUCAACCGUUAGAGAAGAUUACAGUUACGAUGGAAAUGUUUGGAGUUAUUUCACACAUGAUCAAGCUAGAAGCAGAGCAUAUCGUUGGGGUGAAGAUGCAAUCGGUGGAUUCUGCAAUCGUUUUCAAAAUCUUUGUUUGGGAACUGCUUUUUGGAAUCAUCAAGAUCCAAUCAUUAAAGAACGUCUAUUUGGUUUAACAGGUCCAGAAGGAAAUCAUGGUGAAGAUGUUAAGGAACAUUAUUUCUAUAUUGAUAAUACACCAACACAUUCCUAUGCAAAGAUGUUAUAUAAAUAUCCACAGAGUGAAUUUCCUUAUGAACGUUUAGUAAAGGAGAAUAAGAAUCGAUCUAAAUCCGAACCAGAGUUUGAGUUGGAGGAUACCGGUAUCUUUGAGAACGAUGAGUAUUUCGAUUGUUUCAUCGAGUAUGCCAAAGCCAGUGAAGAAGAUAUUCUCUGUCGUAUCACUGUUCACAAUCGUGGACCUAAAGCAGCACCGAUCACUGUGCUACCACAUCUCUGGUACAGAAAUACUUGGUCAUGGGGAUAUAACGAUCGUCGUCCUUACAUGCGUGCACUUCGUCCAGGUGUUUUAAUCGGUGAAGAAGUACACAUAGGUAAGAGAUACUAUGCAUCUACAGAUCAACAACAAAGCAACAAUAGCAGUGGUAACAAAUCAACUACUACUAAUAAUAGUGGUAGCGGUGGUCAAGCAUGGGAAUCGCCAGUUCGCUAUAUGUUUACUGAGAACGAUACAAACUCGGAACGUCUUUUCAAUUGGCCAAAUGCAAGUCCAUAUGUAAAGGAUGGUAUUAACAAUGCUGUUAUCAAAGGUUGGGAUGAUGUCGUUAAUGAAUCCAGUGGUACAAAGGUGGCUGCCAAAUUCCACCGUGUUUUGGAACCCGGACAAAGCUACACUGUCAAAGUUCGUUUUGCAAACUAUGAAUUUGAAAAUCCAUGGCUUGAUUUCGAUCAGAUUUUCGCAGCUCGUAUUCACGAAGCCGAUGAAUUCUACAAUGCGCUGCAUCCCGAGAAUCUUUCGGCCGAUCUCAAGCUGAUUCAACGUCAAGCGCUAGCCGGUCUGCUUUGGAGCAAACAAUUCUAUCAUUUCGGUGUGCAACUCUGGAAACACGGUGAUCCUUCUCAUCCACGUGCCAAUAUGAAUGUCGUUAGAAAUCAACAUUGGGAUCAUUUCUAUGCGAACGACGUUAUAUCGAUGCCAGAUAAAUGGGAAUAUCCAUGGUUUGCUCAAUGGGAUCUGGCUGCUCAUGUCAUACCGUUGGUAACCGUCGAUAUGGAAUGGGCGAAAAGACAAUUGAUUCUGCUGACUCGUGAAUGGUAUAUGGCACCGAAUGGACAGUUGCCAGCAUAUGAAUUCCAAUUCAGUGAUGUCAAUCCACCGAUUCAUGCUUGGGCAACACUCGAGGUGUAUCGUUAUAUCCACCAGAAAACUGGAAUGAAAGAUACUGCUUUCCUCGAGGAGAUAUUCCACAAGUUGCUAUUGAAUUUCACUUGGUGGGUCAAUCGAAAGGAUGAACAUGGAAACAAUAUUUUCGAAGGUGGUUUCCUCGGUCUCGAUAAUAUUUCGGUAUUCGACCGGUCCGCCUCUAUUCCGGGCGGUGGAAAGUUGGAGCAGGCCGACGGUACCGCGUGGAUGGGACUGUACAGCUUGAACAUGUUGGCCAUCUCGUUGGAGUUGGCACAGACCAAUCAGGCAUACGAAUCGAUUGCCACUAAAUUCCUGGAGCAUUUCAUCAAUAUCGCCAAUAGCAUCACGCAUAGCGGUGAGGAGAUCGGUGGUCGUAAAGGUCUGUGGGACGACGAAGAAGGAUUCUUUUUCGACUCGAUUAUCACUCCCAAUGGAAUAUCACAACAGAUCAAAGUUUACUCGCUGGUCGGUCUGAUUCCACUGUUUGCCGUCGACAUUAUGGAGCAAGAGGUUCUCGAUAAACUACCGCGUUUCAAAGCCAGACUCGAUUGGUUCGUUCGAUAUCGUCCGAAUCUCUUGACAUCGAUGGCCAGUUUCAUGGUUCCAGGUCAAGAGAAACGUCGUCUCCUCUCGAUCGUCAACAAAGAGCGACUGACCAAGAUUCUCACGAAAAUGUUGGACGAAGAGAAAUUCCUUUCGGAAGUCGGUAUCCGUUCGCUCUCGAAACAACAUCAACAUCCCUACGAAUUCAACUUGAUGGGUCAGAGCAACUCGAUUAAAUACGAACCCGGCGAAUCGUCGUCGGGCAUGUUUGGUGGAAACAGUAGUUGGCGUGGACCUAUCUGGUGGCCCGUUCAAUACCUCCUCAUCCAAUCACUCAAAAAGUAUCACAUGUACUACGGCGAUGACUUUGAAAUCGAAUUCCCAACGGGCUCAAAGAACAUGAUGAAUUUGGAUCAGGUCCAAAAGGAACUUUCCCAACGUCUCAUCGACCUGUUCACCACCAACGAACAAGGUCAACGUAGAUUCUCAAAGAACAAACCACUCUUUGAGCGUGAACACUGGAAAGACUACAUCUUAUUCUACGAGUACUUCAAUGGUGACAACGGUCUUGGACUCGGUGCAUCUCAUCAAACUGGUUGGACUGCUUUAGUUGCCAAAUUAAUUGAAGAACAUGUUACUUCAAAUAAAGAUUAA